AUGGUUUUCGACUGGCUACAACGUGCUGUCUCGCCUAUUUUCUAUCCAAUCCCGAGCCCAGCGUUUGCUCCGUUAUAUCAGAAGAAGUCGGAAGCUCAGAAAAAGCGUAAAAACCUAGAAUAUGGGAUCGAACUGGAAUACGUGCUGGCAUUUCAUGAGCUUGAACUCAACCUUGUAGACGAGGAGGGGAAAACUCCUGACCAUGGAAUCGAGAAAAAUCUCCGAUUAGCCAUUCGCCGCCACCCAGCAUGGAGUCCAGCAGUCAGGGCUGCCUUCGAGAGGACUUCCAAACUCAUCUACAAUAGUUGGGCUAUUCGUGUAAAUAACGUCAAGAAUAAGGAUCAAAACCAGGAUUUGGUUAAUCUAAGACCCUAUCUCCUCGAACCACAAUUAAUAGUCUUAAACAAGUUGAACGACAAGGUUGCACAAGUUAGAGGUAAGGUUAGGCACAAAUUAGCACAGAGAUCUUCAGAGAAGAUCCCUGGAGCCUAUGAUCAAUGGAUCAUUUCGACAGAUAGUACAGUCGUCGGUCAAGGUUCCUCAAAUCUCCAUAAAUGGCUGCCGCGGAUCUCUGGCAACGUUUCAAAACGAUGGGAUUCUUAUGGUAUCGAAGUGAUAUCUCCAGUUCUUAGAAGUAAUAGCACUCGAGACAGGGUCGAGGUUGAACAAGUGGUCAAUGCACUCAAAGGCGAAGGCGAUGAGCUUUACGAAGGCUUUAUCACAAAUCAAUGCGCCCUACAGGUGCAUGUUGAACCCCCCAGUCUUCCCGCCUUGAAGGAAUUGGCGUGUAUUCUGCUAAUAUACGAAGAUGAGAUCUCAAGGCUGCACCCUAGAUGUCGCCGUCCGGAUCAUCAGGCUACAAGAGGUAACCUUAUUAGCAAUCGCACUUUAACAUUCUUAGGCCGCAAUUUUAUCCCAUUCGAGGACAAUGUAGGGGAAAUUUGGGAUCAAAAUAUGGAUGCGUCUGUCUUCAAAAAGCGCAAAACAAUUCAACAAAUUCGCAGUGAGGUUGAUCAGCUACAGAAUGAGUCGGCAGUCGCUGAUUAUAUGUGUUUCCCUUCGACAUCUAGGCUCAGGAUGGUAAAUUUUCGACGAUUGAAAUUCACAAAAUUCCCACGAACCAUCGAAUUUCGGCAAGCCCGUGGUUCACUUGAUAUACAGGAUGUCAACUAUUGGGUUGAUUUCUGCGUGGGCCUAGUACAGCUUGCGGAAUACUAUGUUGAAAACCCAGGCGCUAGGAUUCAAUCUUGGGAUGGAGGUCACGAUAGCCACGACCAAAACCUUGAUGUAUUUCAAUUAAUGGAGGAUAUGAAUUUGGAUGACAGGACUAUGAAAUAUUGGAGACAUAGAGUUGCUAAGUAUAUGGCGGGGAGUAAAGAGGACGACCGGACUGACAUUGAGAGUCUUCCUGCAAUUAGGAAGGAGAAACCGUCUUCAAUUACUACCUCUACUUCAAGCAAACCUCCUGUGGGACCGCCUGGAGGGCCACCGGGAGGAACAUUUGGAGGAAGCUUCGGAGGAUCUCCACAACCUGAGCCUUCAUCCGGAGAGAAAGCUGCAAAACCUUCCGGAGAUGGAAAAGCCAGGCCAGAAUCGUCGCCUAGGCUCAAGGUACCACCGCUGAUAUCUCCUGCUUCACAGGCUGUAGCACAAGACUCAUCGUUUAAGACAGAGCCUGAAAAACCCAUUUCGGAUUUUCAGGCGAGGUUUCUGGGUAUAAUAGACACCCACGCAAAGAAGACGUCCAAUAGACCAUUCUUUGAUGUAGAUACCUCUGAAGGAUCCACCAUUCCUCCAGCAUCUCUGUUUGAUCUACCUGACGUGGCCAAUAUGGAAACUGUCUUACCUCGAGCUGAGGUCGAACUUCCACCUAGAUCAGUACCAGGCCAGGAAUUUAAAGUGGAAUAUCCUAAACUACCGGGACUUACACCGGGCGGUGUAGUAGAAUAUCCUAAGCUACCUGGAGUCAAACCUGGCGGUGUAGUCAAAUACCCUACAUUACCAGGACUCGGAAUAGAAGGUGAAGUCAAAUACCAGAUCUCAGGGGAAGACUCCGAGAGCUUUUUUAGUGAUGACCCAUAUGCUGACAUGUUAAAAGGACAACCAACACUUCCUCCUGAUACCGAAGAGGACGGCGAGCCUGACGUUUCACCAGAAAGUUCGUCAUCAGACGAGGUUGCUACUUCCUGGAAUGACCCAGGUUGGAACUCAGAUGACGAGAUAAUGUUUGGAAUUUUUUCCGGUGAAAUAGGGGACCCUGAACCUGCACCACCUGGAAGAUCCGUACUAGAGUCAUCAGAAUCAUCAGAGUCAUCAAGAUCAUCACAAGAGCCAAAGCCAUUCGGCUCGACUGUGGCUAAUUCUAAAGCUCCAGUACCUGGAGGUCCAUCCAAGUCAUCUGCAGGCCAAAAUGCCCCAGGGAAGAGACCCGCAGAGGAGCCUCCCGAGGAUAAGCAAAAUUCCAAGAAGCAGAAGGCCAAAGGCGCUCUUGAUACAACCCUGUCCGUUCCUCCAGGGAAGAAAAAAAGACCCGCAGAGGAUACUACGGCAGAUGAGAAGGAUGCAAAGAAACAGAAAACUAGCCAUAAAAUCGGCGCUGCUAAAACCACAGGUAAAUACACGGUUGAAGGGACGAUCGAGAUUUUAAAGCAAUUUCGUGGUUUAGAAGAGCUGGAUCUUUUUGCCAACUUGUUGAAGGAAUUGUAUGAUACGACCCCGGAGAACGUAGAGAUUGUAUCUGAGGCCUUCCAUCAAUAUACGCAGAAUCAUCGGACGCCGCUGCCCUUCCACGUGCCGGGACAUGGCACGGAAAGUGACGAGAAGCUUGCUCAACAGUUGUCGGAAGAGUUUGAAGAUGCAAAUAUGGUUCUCAUACGUCAAUUACAAAAUGAAGAUAAUGAGAAGGCUACGCGUGAAGCAGGGAGCAAAGUAGUCGCCCCAGAACUGAGAGUUGAUCACCCACCUAUUGAAAAAAUUGGGAAAGAGGAGCUCGAAGUCAUUAAUGCCGGCACUCCUAAUGAGAGAUUUAAGAUAAAGAAUUUCAAUAAGAACGAAUGGCAGACCAUCAACACAACAGCUGUGAUUGCUAGUCAAUUCGGUGUAUGUGGUGCUGCUGCUGUUGUGCACUCGCUUCGCAAUCAGUAUCCCAACGAACCGUGGAUGCCAGGAAUGACCAACGAGCGCUUUUUGAAAGAUUGGCUUCAAACAGUCCCCAAUGUUGGAGAUCCCGGCAGGCAUAAAUAUUGGGAUGAGGAACAGCUCAAUAAUGCCGUACAGAGACUGACAAAGGGCCAGUUUCAAGUUGUAGUAGUUCACAAAGGUCUCGAGAACAAUGACAAGAAUGCUGCUGUCUCUAUCCCGGAGGCAGCCAUCCUUACUGCGAAUGGUGAGCCAGCUAGGUAUUUGUAUUUGCACUUGACGCAUUCUGCUUUUGUAGUUGGUUCGAAAGGUGUCCACUACCAGCAUUUCGAAGGAAUGAAAAGGAAAAAGGGCUUUGUAGAGCAUAAGUAA